AUAGCCCCAGGAGCUUCAGCAAAUGUUUACUAUUAAGUAAAUAUUUGACUGUUAGUCUUGUCUUAAGACAGUUGAAUAGUGAACUAGAGUUCUCCUUAUCUAUUUAGAAUCCCAGGUGUGUGUAUUCUCUCUUACUUUGUUAGAGUCCCUGGCAUGUCUGCUAUUCCCGCCUACUUUGUAGUUUUUGCCUUUAUAAGCUUGUAAAAAACUGCUGUGGGGGACUUGAUUUCUCGGCUCCUAAAAGAGUUGUGAAUCAAGUCCCCAUAUACAGGAAUAAAAAUCCUCUUGCGUUUUUGCAUCAAGAGACGACUCUUGCGGUUGAUUGGGGUGGUCAGAGCUCCGGGCUGAGUGGGGGGUUCUGCCCCCAAGUCUUUCAUUUGGGGGCUCGUCUGGGAUAUAACGACCACCCCUCACCUGCAGAGUCGACCUUGGAGGUAAGAAAGGGGUACCCCGAAAACUGUCUAGUCUGUGUCUUCAGUCCUUUUGUUUGACUUUGUGUGCGCGCUUUCGAUUUCGCAGCCGUUCGGCACCUCGUGAGAGUGGCCGGACAGUGGUCGGUAGACGUGCCCGGAGGACCACAGGCUGAAACCCUGGGGGACGCCCCAGGAACUGAGGAGAACCAGGGACGCCUGGUUGUCUCCUGCUGUAAGGGCGCUGGUCGAGUCUGGUUGUUCGAUCAAAAAUUACGGGAAACGCGCCCGUCUGAUUCUGUUAUAGGCUUGUGAAGGACCAAGUGUAGUAGGUGGGUCCUUGUACCUGUAAUAUUUCUGUUAUUUCUGUUAUUUGUGUUUCUGACAUAUCCACUGACGAUGGGACAGACUGUGACGACCCCUCUGAGUUUAACUCUAGAUCAUUGGACUGAAGUGAAGAGAAGAGGUCGUGAUCUGUCAGUAGAGGUUAAAAAAGGCCCAUGGCAGACUUUCUGCUCCUCGGAGUGGCCUACUUUUAACGUCGGCUGGCCCUCAGGAGGAACCUUUGACUUAUCUCUUAUUUUUGCUAUUAAAGAGAUUGUUUUACAGAGAGGACCGGGAGCCCAUCCGGAUCAACAACCUUACAUCAUAGUCUGGCAGGACCUGGUGCAGAAUCCGCCCCCCUGGGUUCGGCCGUGGACUGCCACAUCCAGGCCCCCGUCUAAUCCUCAGGUGCUCGCUGUCCAAUCUUCCGGUCCCAGAAAAGGGGGCGACAGUUCGGACCCCCCUAAGAAGAUCUACCCAGAAAUCCAGACUGAUCAUCUUCUCCUCGACCCUCCACCCCCUCAUCCCCCAUACCCUCCCGCCUUGGCUCCUGUCGGGGGGCAGGGAGUACCAGCAUCGCCGGAUCCGGCGAUUGCCCCCUCUGCACCCCCGGGGGAACCUUCACUGGGGCCCGCACAAGGUACCAGGAGUCACCGCCGGGGAGGAGUGUCUCCCGACACUACUGUUGCCCUACCCCUGAGGGCAUACGGCCCCCCGCCGGUGGCAACAGAUGAGGGACCACCUCCUCUCCAGCCCCUCCAGUACUGGCCAUUUUCUUCCACAGACCUGUAUAACUGGAAAACUAAUCACCCCCCUUUUUCAGAAGACCCCCAACGCCUGACUGGGCUGGUAGAGUCCCUGAUGUUCUCUCAUCAGCCCACAUGGGAUGACUGCCAGCAGCUCAUACAGACUCUCUUCACUACUGAAGAGAGGGAGAGGAUUUUAUUAGAAGCUAGGAAGAAUGUACUCGGGGCGGACGGGCAUCCUACCCAGCUCCCCAACAUCAUCGAGGCUGCCUUUCCCCUCUCCAGACCAGACUGGGAUUUCAACACGGCAGAAGGUAGGGAGCGACUGUCAGUCUAUCGCCAGGCUCUAGUGGCUGGCCUCCGUGGGGCGGCAAGAUGCCCCACUAAUUUGGCUAAGGUAAGAGAAGUAAUACAGGGGGCCACGGAACCCCCCUCCGUGUUUCUUGAGCGUCUAAUGGAAGCUUUUAGGCGCUACACCCCAUUUGACCCUGCCUCUGAAGGACAGAGGGCUUCCGUGGCUAUGACUUUCAUAGGGCAGUCAGCUGUAGACAUUAAAAGAAAGCUGCAGAGAAUUGAAGGAUUGCAGGACUAUACCUUGCAGGAUUUAGUUAAGGAAGCUGAGAAAGUAUACCAUAAAAGAGAAACUGAGGAAGAAAAAGAGCAGAGAAAGGAGAAAGAGAGAGAAGAAAGGGAAAGUAAGAGAGACCGAAGACAGGAGAAAAACUUAACACGGAUUUUGGCUGCAGUAGUGGGGGAGAAGAGCCAGGAACAGACCUAAGGUAGAACUAAGAAGUCAGGUAGUCUGAAUAACCGCAUCCCGUUAGAUAAGGAUCAAUGUGCCUACUGUAAGGAAAAGGGGCACUGGGCCAGGGAAUGUCCUAAAAAAAAAAAGAAAGUACUGGCCUUAGAGGAAGAAGAAGAUUAGCGGGGACGGGGCUCGGAACCCCUCCCCGAGCCUAGGGUAAUACUUAAGGUGGAGGGGAAGCCAGUUGAGUUCCUUGUAGACACCGGAGCUCAACACUCAGUCCUACUUGAACCAUCAGGACCCGUCUCCAAGAAAAAAUCCUGGGUUGUAGGGGCCACAGGGCAUCAGCAGUACUCAUGGACUACCUGAAGAUCAGUAGAUCUAGGAGUGGGACGGGUAACCCACUCAUUUUUAAUUAUCCCUGAGUGCCCUGCGCCCCUCCUCGGGAGAGAUUUACUCACCAAAAUGGAAGCCCAAAUCACUUUUACUCCUGAUGGCCCAGAGGUAACCCAAAAUAAGAGGGUAACAGCCCUGACCAUGCGUUUAGAGGAUGAACAUAGACUCUUUGAAAAGCAGCGGGAGAAAGGGACUAGUCUCGUAAAUGACUGGCUAGAAAAAUAUCCCGGGGCAUGGGCCGAAACUGCUGGAAUGGGACUGGCCGCAGAAAGGCCGCCUAUAGUCAUAGAACUCAAAGCUACUUCCACUCCUGUGGCAGUGCGCCAAUAUCCUAUGACUAAGGAAGCUCGGGAAGGAAUUAAGCCUCACAUUCAGCGUCUCCUACAGCUGGGCAUACUAGUAAAAUGCCAGUCACCAUGGAACACGCCCUUAUUACCCGUCAAGAAACCCGGCACAGGAGACUAUCGCCCUGUGCAGGACUUAAGAGAAGUAAACAAGUGGGCGCAAGACAUCCACCCCACCGUGCCUAACCCUUAUAAUCUGUUAAGCUCUCUCCCUCCAAACCAUAUCUGGUACACUGUCCUGGAUUUAAAGGACGCCUUCUUCUGCCUCCGACUACACUCCUCUAGCCAGAACAUCUUCGCAUUUGAAUGGAGAGACCCGGACUCUGGAACAACGGGGCAAUUGACAUGGACCCGACUUCCACAGGGGUUUAAGAACUCCCCAACCAUCUUUGAUGAAGCCCUCCACCAAGACCUAGCUCACUUUCGCGCCAGCCACCCUCAGGUAACGCUCCUACAAUAUGUAGAUGACUUACUACUAGCUGGAACAACAAAAGAAGAGUGCUAUCGGGGCACAGAACUAUUGCUAGAAGAACUAGCCCGCUUAGGAUAUCGAGCCUCUGCUAAAAAAGCCCAGAUCUGCCAGAAAGAGGUAACGUACCUGGGUUACAGCUUAAAAGGAGGGCAGAGAUGGUUAAUGGAGGCCAGGAAGCAUACUGUGACUCAGAUUCCAGUUCCCCGCUUGCCCCGCCAGGUGCGGGAAUUCUUAGGAACUGCAGGGUUCUGCCGCUUAUGGAUACCGGGGUUUGCUACUCUGGCAGCUCCCCUCUACCCUUUGACCAAGGAAGGCACUCCCUUCGAGUGGGGUGCCAGCCAACAGCGGGCCUUUGACAACAUUAAAAAGGCCUUAUUAUCAGCCCCGGCCCUGGCUCUACCAGAUGUAACAAAGCCCUUUGUCCUAUACGUAGAUGAGAAGAGAGGAGUGGCCCGAGGGGUGCUGACGCAGCCUUUAGGGCCAUGGAAAAGACCGGUAGCAUACCUCUCCAAGAAAUUGGACCCCGUCGCUGGUGGUUGGCCAGCCUGUCUGAGGUCUGUGGCGGCAGUAGCGGUACUGGUAAAAGAUGCAGACAAAUUGACUAUGGGGCAGAAGUUGACAGUCAUUGCCCCCCAUGCUUUAGAAAGCAUCAUCAGACAGCCCCCUGACCGGUGGCUGUCUAAUGCCCGCAUGACACAUUACCAGAGUCUCCUAUUAAACGGAGACAGAGUCCAGUUUGGCCCGCCUGUCAUCCUCAACCCAGCUACCCUAUUACCUGAUACUUCUGUCCAGAAAGAUGUAUUACACACAUGCCAAGAAGUACUGGCUGAGGAAACUGGAACUCGGAAGGACCUCUGUGAUCAGCCCCUGCUGGAUGCCCAGCUGACCUGGUUCACUGAUGGGAGCAGCUCCAUAAUAGAAGAUUAAAAGCCCUUGAAACCGUGCAAAAGGAGGUGUGGAGCCGGCUGAUCGAGGCCCACAAGCCCGGGGAUCUGCAAAUAC